CCCGAAUCCGAUAUCCACAAACCCGAAUCCGCUACGUCACUCUCAAACGUCUCACGGGCCCAACGAAGCGCGCAUCGAGUGCUUUCGGGCGGCGCGAAAAAAGGGUUUUGCUGAUUCUUGUUCGAGAUGGCAACUGAGAACAAGCCUGCUGUGUCGGAAGAUGCAAAGAUCGAUCUCUUCGAGGAUGAUGACGAGUUCGAAGAGUUUGAGAUAGAUGAAGAGUGGGAUGACAAAGAAGGCAAAGAAACCUUGCAGCAAUGGGAGGAUGAUUGGGAUGAUGAUGAUGUGAAUGAUGAUUUCUCGUUGCAGUUGAAGAAUGAGCUUGAUAGCAACUCUCAGAAGAAAUAGGCUGUGGAGUCCUAAAGCCAGAGAAUCGGUGAAUCAAUUGGAUGUCUUCUUAGCAAUUCUCUCUUAAAGAUCAGUUGUUGUGCAAACUAUGCUGUUCUUUUUAUGUAAACCAGAAUCUAUAACAUGUUUUAGGUUUCUGAUCCGGAUAUUCCAAACAGUGGGGCUAUGGUUAAAUAGAUCUUCUUUCAUGUCAAUGAAGAGUACAAUGGUCUUUGGUU